CAUGGCUGGCCGCGCCCCCCGGGCCCUGGCGCCGUCCUCUGCGCUCUGUCCAUCAUUCGGGCCCGGCCCUGACCUCCUCCCCCCGGCUCCGUCCCCAUCCGUUGUGAGCCGCCCCAGGCGCUGACCUUCUCCCCGUUCCCCAGGGUCAGUCCCUGUAGCCCAGCUGGGCCCUGUCCCUGCCCCCUGGGUCCCAUCCUUCUGUUGAGGUCAGGCCUUGCCCGAUUCCCGUCUUCCCAGUGUCCGGGCCAGGUCUUGUCCCCAUCCCCCGCCUCCACGUGUUGGUCCUCAUGUCCGUGCUCUACCUCCAUUUCUUUCCAUUUCCGUUACUUUGGGGUUCUGUCCCCAGUCCCUUAUCCACGACCUUGUUCCCAUAUCCCGGAGGCGGUCCCUGUAGCCCAAACAGACCCUGUCCCCAUCGCCUGGGCUCCAUCCUUCUGUCAGGACUGGCCUUGUCCCGGACCCCAUUACCUUGGGAUCCUUUCCUGCAUCUUGUUCCCAUCUCCUCUGUCACGUCCCCCUCUCCUGGGCUUCGUUCCCUGUCUCCUACCAGGCUCGUGGUUGUGCCCGCUCCACGCUGUCCCCUGGGUUCCUUCCUGUGUCCAGUUGUGCCUCCUGUCCACAUCCGCUGGCCUCCAUCUUUCUUUUUGGGCCAGGCCUUGAUCCCAUCCCUGUCCUCCUGGAGAGUCUUUCCUUGAGUUCUGUCACCAGCCCCAUUACUUUGGGGCCCUCCCCUGGGUUCUUUCCCCCACCCCAUGGACCUCUGUCUCUUGGGGUCACUCCCCAUCUCCUGGGUCUUGUGCUCAUCUUCCUGUGUCCUUCCCUGCAUCUUGUCCCAUCUGCUGGGUGCUGUCCUUCUCUCAGGACCAGUCCUUGUCUGCAUCCCCAUUACCCUGGGGUUCUCUCCUGGGUCGUGUCCCUGGGGUCAGCCCUCGUCUCAUGUAUGUGCGUGUCCCCAUCACACCCUGUGUCCCCGCAGGGCAGCAGCUAUGGUGGGUGCUCAGCAGCUGGAGCUGGCUGCGGGCCGAGCAGCGCCAAGUACCGGGGAACACCCUUACGAGUGCUUGGAGUGUGGCAAAGCCUUCAGAUGGUCCUCACGCCUCGUCCACCACCAGCGCACCCACACGGGUGAACGGCCCUACAAGUGCUCUGAGUGCCCCAAAGCCUUCAAGGGCUCCUCGGCGCUGCUCUACCACCAGCGCAGCCACACGGGCGAGCGGCCCUACAAAUGCUCCGAGUGUCCCAAAGCCUUCAAACGCUCGUCGCUGCUGCAGAUCCACCAGAGCGUGCACACAGGGCUGCGCGCCUUCAAGUGCGCGCUGUGUGGGCUGGCCUUCAAGUGGUCCUCGCACUACCAGUACCACCUGCGGCAGCAUACGGGUGAGCGGCCCUACAAGUGCACCUCCUGCCCCAAAGCCUUCAAGAACUCCUCCAGCCUCCGCCGCCACCGCCACAUCCACACAGGCGAGCGGCCCUACGUCUGCUCCGCCUGCGGCAAGGCCUUCACCCAAUCCACCAACCUCCGCCAACACCAGCGCACCCACACAGGAGAGCGGCCCUACGCCUGUUCCCAUUGCUCCAAGACCUUCACUCAUUCUUCCAACCUCCUCCUCCAUCAGCGAACCCACUCCAGCACCCGGUCCCACAAGUGCCCGACUUGCCCCAAAGCCUUUGUCUCAGAUGCCUGCUUGCAGAAGCAUCUGCAGAGCCAUGCCGCAUCCCCGUUGUUGCCAUCCCCGCUGUCCCCGUCCCAGCUGUCCCCACCACCACUGCUCCUGGAGGCGGUGGAGAUGCUGUGGAAGUGCGCUGAGUGCCACCUGGCUUUCCCCAGCCAGGAGCAGCUGCUGAGCCACCAACGCAGCCACGCACAGCCAGCAACACCAGGGGACGUCACCGCAACGGCCACCCAUCGCUGCCCCACCUGUGGCAAGACCUUCAAGAACAGCUCAGGGUUGGCGCGGCACAGGCACAGCCACGGUGCUGAACGGCCCUACAAGUGCUCGCAGUGCCACAGGAGCUUCGGGCAGCUGGCUGGGCUGCUGGGCCACCAGCGGGGUCACUCGGCGGAAACACCGCAUCCUCCUCCGGCGACCCCAACCCCGACCUCGGUACCGUCGGAGCGUCCCUACCAGUGCACCGAGUGUGGCAAAGCCUUCAAGGGCUCGUCGGGGUUGCGUUACCACAUGCGGGACCACACGGGCGAACGGCCCUACAAGUGCUCCGAGUGCCCCAAGGCCUUCAAGCGCUCCUCACUGCUCGCCAUCCACCAGCGGGUGCACACGGGGCUGCGUGCCUUCAAGUGCGCCGAGUGCGGCCUCACCUUCAAGUGGUCCUCGCACUACCAGUACCACCUGCGGCUGCACACUGGCGAGCGGCCCUACGCCUGUCCCGACUGCCCCAAGGCCUUCAAGAACACCUCCUGCCUCCGCCGCCACCGGCAGCUGCACACAGGCGAGCGGCCUCACGCCUGCCCCAUCUGUGGCAAGGCCUUCACCCAGACCUCCAACCUCCGCCAACACCAGCGCACCCACACGGGCGAGCGGCCCUAUGCCUGUUCCCACUGCGGCAAAACCUUCACCCAUUCCUCCAACCUCCAGCUCCACCAACGCACCCACUCCAGCGCCCGGCCCCACCAGUGUCCCCUCUGCCCCAAAGCCUUUGUCAUGGCCUCCUACCUCCAGCGGCACCUCCGCACCCACGCAGCUGGCCCCAAAGGGUCCCCUCGCCCUGUCCCGACACCGCAGCGCGACGGCCCCGUCCUGCAGGCUGCCCUCAGCCUGGAGGUGACGGCUCCUGAUGCCCACACCUUCCUGCUGCUGCAGACGCCGCAGGGCCUCCAGCUCAUCCCCAGCCCUCCACCGGCCCCACAGAAGCUCAUCCUGCUCCCCACAGCUUCCCAGCCUGCUCCCAAACACCAAGGGGAGUCCCCGACCCCCGGGCAGAGCCUUCUGCUUGUGCCCAGCGCGGGGACCACGCUGCCCACGUUGCGGCUACAGGCAGUCACGGCUGUCCCACAGGGGACGGGGACCGGUAUCCUCGUUCUGCAGGGCCUCCCCGAGCAACCCCUGCACCCAGCAGGCAUCCCGCAGGGACAGGCAGCGGUGGAGGGGGCGGCUGUCAGGCUGCAGGCCAAUGAGGUGACAAAUGUCCAGUUGCAGGCGCUGCCACAACCCACAGAUGUCACCAGCGUUCCGCUCCAAGCUACUGAUGUGACGAAUGUCCAGCUGCAAGCCCUGCCACAACCCACAGAUGUCACCAACAUUCAGCUCCAAGCCACUGAGGUGACAAAUGUCCAGCUGCAAGCCCUGCCACAACCCACGGAUGUCACCAACAUCCAGAUGCAAGCUACUGAGGUAGCAGAUGUCCAGAUGCAAGCUCUUCCACAGCCCUCAGAUGUCACCAACAUUGAGCUGCAGGCUGCUGAGGUGACAAAUGUCCAUCUCCAAGCUCUGUCACAACCCUCUGAGGUCACCAACAUCCAGCUGCAAGCUGGUGAGGUGACCAAUGUCCAGCUCCAAGCCUUGCCGCAUCCCUUGGAGGUCACAAACAUCCAGCUGCAAGCCCUGCCACAGUCCACAGAUGUCACCAAUGUUGAGCUGGAAGCCACUGAAGUGACAAACGUUCAGCUGCAAACCUUGCCACAAUCGUCAGAAGUGACCAACAUCCAGCUCCAGGCCACUGAGGUGCCCAACGUGCAGCUCCAGACCACAGAGGUGACCAGUGUUCAGCUGCAGGCCACUGAGGUGCCCAACAUCCAGCUCCAAAACACGGACGUAACAAAUGUCCGUCUUGAGACCACGGACGUACCCGAUGUCCAUCUUGAAACCAUGGAGGUGCCCAGUGUCCAUCUUGAGACCACGGAGGUGCCCAGCGUCCAUCUCCAAGCCACUGAGAUGGCCAACAUUCAGCUCCAAGCCACUGAGAUGGCCAGUGUUCAUCUCCCAGCCAACGAUGUGGCCAACACUCAUCUCCAAGGCACAGAGGUGACCAAUCUCCAUGUUGAGUCCACCGAAGUGCCCAACAUCAAUCUCCAAGCCACAGAGGUGGCCAAUGUCCAGCUCCAAGCCACAGAGGUGGCCAACGUCCAUCUGGAGACGUCAGAAGUGCCCAGCAUCCACCUCCAAGCUACUGAUAUGGCCAGCGUCCAUCUCGAAGCCACCGAGGUGCCCAGUGUCCACCUUGAGACCAUGGAGGUACCUGACGUUCAUCUUGAGACUGUGGAGGUGCCCGAUGUCCAUCUCCAGACCACUGAGGUGACCAGUGUCCAGCUCCAAGCUGUGGAGGUGCCCAACAUCCAUCUCCAGACCACCGAGGUGCCCAACAUCCAGCUCCAGACACUGGAGGUGCCCCCAGUCCACUUACAGCCCCCAUCGGGAGCCCAACCAGCCCCUCUAUCCUCCGGGGUGUCGCUUCCAGCGGGCCCAGAGGUGCUGCUGGUGCAGGGAGGCCCAGAACCGGCCAUAGGGCUGGGUGUGCUGCAGACAUCUGAAGGGCUUCGCAGUGUCCUGGUGCUGCGGGGCUCCAGUGACCAGUCUCCAGUGCCCACCCCGGCACCCCCAAAAGUCCUGGUCCUACGUGGGGAGCCUCGGCAGGGGGGAGUUAGUGAGGGUCCUGCUGUGGUGCAGCUGCUCCCUGGCUCCCCGACCCCCCACCUGCCAGUUGUGCAGGGGGUGCAGGUGCUGCCAGGGGCGAGCUUGUGCAUACCUUCUGAGGGGGAACAUAGACCCCACAGCCAUGCCACCGGCUCCCAUGGACGCCCUAUGGCCCCCACAGUGACCACAUGGCCUCUACGGCAACACAGUGGCUGCCCCAGGGCCAUCCAGAGGCCUCCAUGUGGCCCCCCACAGCUGCUACAACCACUAUAGCUACCCCAUGCUCUCCUCUAAGGAUCCUAUGAACACCUUAGGGCCAUUGCAGCCACCCCACAACAUCCCAUGGUCCCCUGCCGGCCACCUUGUAGCCACUGCAGCCAUCUCAUAGCAUUUCCUGUCCAUCCCAUGGCUGCCUCUUAGCCAUCUUAUGGCCACUGCAGCCAUCCCACAAUGACCAUCUGUUGGAUGCUGUAGGAUCGCUAUAGACAUCCCACAGCACCUGCUGGCCACCUUAUGGCCACCACAGCCACUCUACAGGACUCCAGAGCCAACUGUUGGCCACCACAAACAUCCCACAGCACCACAUGACCAUCUCAUGGCCACCACAGACACCCCAUAGCUGCCUUAUGACCACCUUACUGGACUCCAUAGCCACCUCCUGGACAUUUUAUGGCCACCACCGCUACCCUAAACCCCCCAGAGACCAUCUCUUGUCUGUCUCAUGGCCACCACACCCAUCCCAUAGCUACCUUAUGGCUACCACAGCACCCCAUGGCCACCCAGUGGCUGUCACACCAAUCUUGUAGCACCUCAUGGCCACGCUGUAUCCACCUCUUGGCCACCACACCCACCCCAUAACCACCUUAUGGCCACCACAGCACCCUACAGGACUCCACUGCCACUUAUAGGCCACCCCUUAGUCGCUUCAUGGCCACAACAGCGUAGGGGCGAACAGCACUGCGGGCCGGUGAGCAAUGGGGUGCGGGAGCCGGGGGGGGCGGAACAGAUGUAGCACGGUUUCCGCCCGGGCCGGAUUAAUAAACGGGGCGUCCCGGCGCGCACUUCCUCCUUC